UCUAAGAAGCAUGUUUCCGUAGAUCCGGCAAUUCUGACGCACCUUUAACACUUGUUAUCCAGUAGCCACUAUAUUCCAGCCGUCCUGUCAGUGCUUUGGUGGACAACAUAUAUAUUGGUCUUUUGUUUUACUCAAAAGUGUCCCAAAAAUCAAGUUGAAGCACAAUUAAGUUUAGAACCAAAGGGUCUGGAUUAACGAGAGUGCUCGUACGUUUAUAAGACGGUUUAAGUGGAUUAUACAGAUUGUGCCAAUAAUCGAAUAUGGAUGAUGACGUUGGGGCCGUCAAUGUUGACUUGGUACAGCGGGAUUCAAACGACAUCAACGCUCAUCUGCAGGUGGAGUUUGAGGAUGUGUUUGCCGAGCCGUACGGUACCCACAGCGUCGAAUGUAUCUGGAAGGUGACGUUCAUCUGCUACAGAUGUACCAAGACCUGUUGCUACAACUUGUGCGCCAUUUUUACAGGCGUAUUUGUGGCUUUCUACUGGGGUAUGGAGUUUGCAUUUUUGACGUAUACGCACGUGUGGUGUUGCACACCGGGCAUGCGCAUGUUUAUCAUCCAAUGCAAUCAAUGUCAGAAAUGUUUCGGGACGGUCAUAAACUGUUUCCUGGCACCUGUGUGUGAAUCCUGUGGAUUAUUUUUCAGCAACAUAGCAGUAUCACACCAUGGAGCUCCGCCAUUACCAAUACCUGAGAAAAAGUAGUUCCGGAUCUUUGACGCAAGGUUUUGUAAUUACCCACCGCAGAACAUGAUGAAGCGUUCUAAAGACAUCUGCUGAGUGUUUCAUCUGCCAUUGGUCGAAUAAUAAUGACGUAUUGACAUAUGACAUAGAAUCUCGCGCAACAGUUUUAUUUGAGGAACUAUUUUCUGACAUCACAUGAGGAUGAUAAGGGGUUGAUUUGACUCUAUAUUCCUAUCCACUGAUGCCCUUUCUCCCCGACAUUGUAGUGGCUGAUGACUUGUGUCCACUCGAGAUGUAUGUGUCUUUCGGCGAAUCUAUAGUGGGUGAUAGACAAUAGACAGUUAAACGCCGCACAUAAAAGACAAAGGUGAAACAAUAUAUAUUAAAGGGUCGAUAACUUCAAUUGCGAGUUACAUUUGUUGUCAUCUUUAACAUCAGAAAUUCUGUAUUUAAACUUUUAAAUAAGAUAUUGUUUAUACAUUUUCAAAAUGCACUAAUAUGGUGUGAAGCCCGAAGAACAAAACAAUACAUAAAUAAGUAUCGAUCAAAUCUUAGACUUUACACAAAAUAAUGUAAAAGAGCAACAACGUGAAUAAAACCUUACCCGACCAAAUAAUUAAUCUAAGAAUAUAAAAGAGUAAUAUAAAAAGCGCUGAAAAGCAUUUGGUCAAGUUCAUGCUAGUAUGAGCGCGAAUCGGUUACAUAAAUGAACAUUAAAAAAUGCCGUCCAACCUUAUAUUCACAUUCUAAAUUUCUUAGCUAUUAAUGACCUAAGUACAGAUAUUCCCUGAUAUUUUCGACAUUGAGGUGUAUGUGUCAGAAGUGCAAACGAGAUUCAUGGAACAGCCUAACAUCACCAAAAUGUUUGCCUCUAGCGUUUUGUCUCAU